UUCUCAGUUUCAUUUCAAACACGCAGUAUAUCCAGUAACCGGUGUCAUCUUUUCUUUAUACACUUAUUUACGGUUUCAUUAUUUAUAGAUGUCAGCCAUGCGUAUGCAUUCCUUAUGAUUAUCAUUAUGACGCUUUUAUUAUUAUUUGCAAUUUAGCCUCAAUACCUUUGAAUCCCUUCUCAAUUUGUGUGUUUUCCCAUUCAAGUCGUUUUUUUCAAUCUUUUCGCUCGGAUGUUUCCUUCAUGUCGGUCGUGCAGGAUUGAUUUUCAUUGCUAUGAUAGCGUUUUCCCCGCUCGCGUCAGGGGAGGGAGUUGAGAUUGGAGGUUACGGACCGCAAUCAUGUCGCGCGCGCCGCGGUCAGCGCAACUGCUGCGCGGGCGCGUAAUAAACGCCUGCUGCUCUGAUGGGAUUCUGGCGGGAAAUCAGGCGUGAGCGCGCGGUUUUGGGAGUUGGUGUGACGAUGCAGUGGAGCCCCGAGCAGUCGCAGUGGGCGGAGCAACACUAUGACAUCACCUCCACCACCCGUUCUCCAGGACGUAAGAUCGAAGUACUCCGAGAUCCGAGGUUAACAGGUUCGUCCUCCGCAGCGUACCACCAUUCAUGGGCCAACGAUGACAUUUCAGCUCUGACUGCAUCUAACCUGCUCAAGAGGUACGCCGAGAGAUAUUCCAUCUUGGAUCUACCCUGCGAAAAUGGACUUAUGGGAUAUCCGGACGCAGCCGUUUCUGUUAACGUUAACGGUCCGGGUGUGGCGAACAACGGCCCGCCACUUCUCAAUGGCCGAAAGAUGGAGGCGGAGCCUUGGCUUGAGACCGUGUACACCCCUUUGGGCUGUGUUUCCGAACUUCUUCCUAAAGCACCUUUAAGUGUGUCCGAUGUGUCUGUGUGUAACUCACCCAUUGUUGGCAAUGGUAGCCUAUCCGAACCUUUCUCCAGCAGUAGCUGUACCAGUCAAAGCGGAAAUCAGGAAUACAGCAGUGCCCUCUUCAGCACGCCAUACCUGCAGCCUUUAGGCACGUAUGGCGGCUCUCUUUUCCACCCCACCCCUUCCCACGCCAGUCUGGUGCCAGCGUACAGUGCCAACACUUCACCUAGCCUAGCCGUGUACAGUUACCCAAACACACGGUACCCUUCGCAGGCCAUCCUACCGACCGGCUUCAGCCCUCCACCUCAUCCGUCAGGGUACCUGCCCCGGGGUAUCACUCCUCCUAAUCCCUUACCAGCUGUUGGAUUCUCAUACCCUACCACCAACCUAGGUACAAACACCUCUGAAAGUGAUGCCCCAAGUGCUACCAGCCAUACGAAGACAUAUUACCCAUCAACCCAGAGGGAGAUUGGAGUGUUUGAGGAAUUCAGCUUUCCUGAAAACGGCAAUUCUGACUCAAGGUCUGGAAGCAGUCCGCUCUACAGGCUUUCAGGGGAUGACUCGGUAGACAAGCGGACUGGCUUUAGCCAAUCAGCAGACGUCACGUCAUCCUUAUCCUUCAAGCCGACCAAUCACGGAGACUCUCUCAGAAGCCUGGAGUCUCUGACGGUAGCCAUGAUUGGACAGAACAACGGUACCUCAACCUCAGCUGUUCCCUCUCACCAACACCUCUGCCUCGACACGAACACACCCUGCUGAGCGCUCGUGCUCGCUCUCUACCCGUGGUGCUUGAGCUGACCGUGCGUGAGAGCUCCCCCUAGUGGACAGGAGAUAAAAGAGCGGGACUUGCUCAAAGCCAUAGCGUAGGGGCUCAAGAUCGGCUGUUCUGGUUGCUGAAGACCUGGAAGAGGACAAUUGUGUUCACGGCCCUUCCGAGCUGAGCCUAACAGUGAGACACUGACAUACACAGAACAGACAGAUCCGUGUAUGAAGGACACACAUAUCUGAGUUGGAGAGAUGGAGAGAGUACAGCAAGGAAAUAUUUAUGUAUAAUGGAUGUGUUUCGGGUGCCAUGGAGAUGAGGCGUCCCAGUGUGGUAGUUGGACUCGGUUUGGUUGGUUAAUCAUAUUGCCAUGGUGUACAUUCAUUGUGUUUGUGUUUGUAGCCUUGUGGAGGUUAUUUAUGUGGUGAGCUUAAUUGUUAAUCCAGUUCCUCUAUUUUCACAGGAGAAUUAACAGAUCUCGGCCAUUAAUAGAAUCUGUGUGUGUGUGAGGGCGAGAGUGAUAAAACCUCAGGAAAGUGUCUGAUAGAAAUGGCUUGUCUGUAUGUGAGAGAGAGAAGCACAGAGCGUUUCCACACACGCCACAAAACCAAGUUGAGUCCAUUUUUUUAUUGAACUUUGUUUGUAUGCACGUUCAUUGGUUCAUUUACAGUCAUGUGUACAGUCUGUGACACUUUGAGCAUCUCUCAUUGUGAGUGUGAUCAGCCCAGAGCCGGUAGAUGCUGUAUUUCACGAAUUAUUUAUUAUUAAUAAUUAUUAAUUAUGGCAUUCAACCAGACAAUGGUGGAUUGGUCAACCAGUAGUGUUGAGUAUUUGAAUCCUGUUUGGAAACAAUCAAUUGUUGGAAGUUUGGAAAUAACAAUUCUUAUACUCCACAACUUUCAAUUAUUGACACUUUAGGUCUUAUUUAAUCUAUAUUGCAACCAGUUUUGGCGGUCUCUCAAAUCGUACAGACUGUCUUUGAGAAAGAAGCAGGCUGAGACAAUAUCACACACAUAAAAAAUGGAAUUUAGACGUAUUCGAUAUUUAUACCAAAAAGAAAACAUUGCUUAACGGCCAAGUGUGAAACUGCUCAGUGAGAAUGAAAGAGCGCAUGCCUUUUGGAUGGAUGUUCAUCCUCGCCUAAGGCUUUGGGCGCUUUUAAAAAUAGCGUUGAGUUAACUUCAUCACAAACACUGGAAGUAUGCUUGGCUGACCUCGCAACCGAUGUGUCUGUUUACUUCCUUCAAGUUUUUACGAAAUCCCACCAAAGGGAAUAAAGAUAUCGUGCUUGUUUCUGAAAGUAAAUCACCAAAGCAGCAGUGUGGGAGCCGACUCGCACGGAGACGUUCAGCCAAAAGACGCUCCCUCUGUGUGAACGCACGCGGGUGGAUUUUAUUUCCAUGCUGUUUCAGUUCAGGAGGGUGAAUUGACUUCAUUCCAGGAGACGAAUGGUAGGAAUUCCUUGAAAAGGCUGCGCAAAGAUCCACGGGGUUGAAAUUGAUUUGUGAAUUGAACCAAAUUGAAUUUCCUCUGCUGAACUGGACACAACACACCUCCAUCCCGCUGAUGAUGAUUCUCAAAGAGAUACGUCACUGUAUUGUGUUAUCAUGUGCUCGCUAUGUGUAUUUGUUUAUUUUCCACUGAUUUGGAUGCAUGCAUCUACAUGCAUUUUCUAGAUGAAAACACAGGUGCUCCCUAAGUUUCCAGAAGUGCCAUUUCUUUGUUUUAAAAGGAAAUAUUUUUUCUUCCAUCAUGUUUUUUGUCUUGCUGAUGUCUGAAAGGAUUUUUUUUCGUCCUGACUGCAGCUUUUCUGAUUUUGACCAACUUCAAGGGGACUUUCAUCGGUCAUGUUAAAAGAUUGUAAGGGAUUAAAACUAUAAUGGAGACUUAUUUCCACCCACAAAACACAAUGGACCGUAGCAUUCUAUGCAAAACACUGUCAUCCUCAGCAGCUCUGUUCCAAACCAGAGAUGAUGUUUGAGGGCAUCAUUCACAACAUAAAUGCUGUUCCAAGAAAUAGAUAGAAAUAAUAAUCUGGUUUAUAAAAAAUCAAAUUAAUAAAUGAACACAAUAAUAGAAGGUCUCAGACUGCUUUGUAUGUAUGGAUUUCGCAUUAUGCAAUCCCAGAAUGCACAGCAGUCAGCUCAGUGGAAAAUGUCCAAAUAUGGUCAACAAAAUGUUGAGAAAUGUUACUGCAAAAUAUAGUCAAGUAUGAUUUUUUUGUCUAAAAUAUUCUUCUUUGAAAAUAAAUCAUUUCCUGUUUCAUCCAAGAUUUGGUUUGUUUAUUUGAGAAUUAAGCAGUUGGCAACAGAACAUCGGUCAGCUGUGAGCUUUAAUCGAGUCUCUUGUGGGUCAUUUGUGUGGUGUGAAAGUGACUGUUAACAGUUUCUUUGCAUCAUUCACUCGUGAGGGUCCAUAGCCGUUGGGAUGCUGCCUAUGUAGACAGCAUUGCAGCUCAUUAGAGUUUGAAGAAAAGCUUUUGUCACAAGACACAAAGAUUUCUCAACACAGGUCUAUCUGCGUGUAAGGAUCUUUCUAAGAUGCACCCUGAAGAAAAGAGUGUUACAGGACAGUGCAUAUGACCAAAGAAACGGAUCAUAAAAGACUGUCUGGAGACAGCAGAGGUUAGAAUAGGAGCACUUGGCAUCUUUUGAUGAGUUUCUGAUGAGAUUUUUUUUAUCACUGAGACAACCCGAACACCAAAAUACAUGCCAGAAAACCUCCCGUGGUGUGUUCGGUGUGCCCAACGACACUGCAUUACUACUUCACAUCCCUUUAGUGGCUGAUCACUUCUGUUCUUCAGUCCACAAAAUAAAACAGAAAUGUCUUUUACAGUGUAUCUAAAUACAUGAAACACAUUUAGAGGUGUGUUAUGAGUUUAUCAUGAAUAGGUUAUGAGUUUUAAUGAAUGGAAUGGACAUGGAGUGAGUGUAUAUGCAGUUGUCUUUGUUGUGUUUGUUUUCAU